AUGGCUAGCUUUCAAAGAGCUGUAGUAUCUUCUUUGUUUCUAAUGUCUUUGCUUUUGGGUUUAUCACAAGCUAGCGAAGUGUUGGUUGGUGGCAAAACUGAUUCAUGGAAAAUCCCAUCUUCAGAACCUGAUUCUCUUAAUAAAUGGGCUGGGAAAGCUCGUUUUCUUGUUGGCGAUUCUCUUGUUUGGAAGUAUGAUGGCCAAAAAGAUUCAGUCUUGCAAGUGACUAAGGAGGCUUAUGAUAGCUGCAACACUACAAGCCCAAUUGAGGAAUACAAGGAUGGAAACACCAAGGUAAAGCUUGACAGAUCAGGGCCAUUCUACUUCAUUAGUGGAGCUGAGGGUCACUGUGAGAAGGGACAGAAAUUUGUUGUGGUGGUUCUGUCUCAAAAGCAUAGACAGACUGGAAUUUCUCCUGCUCCUUCUCCAGUUGAGUUUGAUGGUCCUGCCGUUGCCCCAACAAGCAGUGCUUCAACCUUGAAAGCUGGCUUUUUGGUGGCUCUGGGGGUUUUGGUUUCGGGAUUGUUUUGA